UCGUGGGACUCGGAAGUUGUUCAUACGAUUGCUCUCGCAGCGGUGGAAGGAGUCAUCGUCGCUAUUGAUCUCAAUGUCUUCAGUAUUCGCACUCGCGAGUGUAUAAGUGCAAUAUUUAAUUAAGGAUUUAAUACAUGAGGAACAUACUCUGCCAUUUUUUUUUUAUCAAGAAUAUUAAUCACUCGUAACGACAUUAUCAUUCAUAUUUUUACGUGGAAUGUGAACGUCAAGCUGUGAACACUGAGUGCAUUGAAAAAUUCCAUAUUUAUACAUUGUGCAACGCAGUUGAAUACGCAAAACCGGUUUUAAUUAACUUUGAGAGGACAAAAAGAAAGACGAUAACCGAUGCAAAAUGGCUCCGGGAUCUUGCGAGGAGAAUGAAUCCAUGCUGAAAUACCACCAAGUAAACAUCCUAAAACCCUCCGAAAUUCUGAAGGACACCGAGAAAUGCCUAGAAAGAAACAACAACAUCACCGACGAUAAUCACAAUAACACAGACGUGUACGACGACGAAGAGGAAAUUGGACCCCAUUACAAAUCAAAUUGUCGCGGUGUCCUAGCCCAGUGCAUGGUGUCAGGUGCUGUGUUGCUAUUGACCGCAGGGCUGGGAAUGCCGAUAGGAUUCAGUGCUAUACUUCUACCCCAAUUGAACGAGACUAAUGCGACGGUCCAGGUGACACCGGAAAUAGGAUCAUGGAUUGCCUCAAUUCAUAGUUUGGCGAGUCCACUAGGUGCCCUAUUAUCCGGACCACUCUUGGACGCAGUGGGUAGACGUGGAAGUCUGCAAUUAGCCACUCUCCCCCUAAUCUUGGGUUGGAUAAUGAUUGGAGUCGCUAACGACACGUGGUCAAUUCUCACGGGGAGAUUUCUCGCUGGAUUCUCCGUCGGAAUGGGUGCAGUUCCUUCCCAGGUUCUGAUUGGCGAAUGUACAGACGCUUCUCUUCGUGGAACUUUGGUGACGAUUGGCAUGGUUGCAUAUUCUGGAGGUAUUCUUCUAGUUUACGCGCUCGGUGCUACUUUCAGAUGGAGCAUUGUUGCGUUUGCGGGAACUGUACUUCCACUUGUAGCUCUUGUCAGUCUUAGUUUCGUGUGUGAGAGUCCGGUGUGGCUGAUGAGGCGAGGGAAGAGGGAAGAUGCGAAAAAGGCAUUACUGUGGCUGAGAGGAGGAGAUGAAAAACAGGUGAAAUCAGAGGUAUCAAUGCUGGAGACACGCAUUCAAGAGGUCCUCGAGUGCGCCUCAAUAACGAUGACAUUAUCCGAAAAACUAUCAAACGCCAAGGCAACAGUAUUUCACCCAGGCGUUAUGAAGCCCCUUAUCGUUAUCAACGUAUUCUUCCUCCUUCAAGUGCUAUCCGGCACGUAUCUCAUUGUUUUUUAUGGUGUCGACCUCAUCCGUGAUGUUGCUGGAGAGGAAAUCGAUAACUACUUGGCAGCUGUGAUGACUUCUCUUAUUAGAUUUGUCUUUUGUGGAUUAGCCUGCAUUUUAUUGUUUCGGGUCGGGAGAAGGACAAUUGGCAUUGUAUCCGCAUUGGGUACUGCGGUCUCAUCGCUUGCUCUCGCUGGGUAUAUCUUAUUCAACAGUGGUGACUCUUUCAUUAGUACAUACAUAGUUGGAGUCUGUCUAUUACUAUACGUAAGUUUUAACACAAUUGGACUGAUGACACUACCUGGCCUCUUAAUCGGUGAAUUACUUCCUCAACGUGCCCGAGGUAUUGGCGGUGGUUUCACUAUGUUCGUCUACAAUUUCGGUUUAUUCGGAGUAACCAAGGUCUUCCCUGUGGUGAAGGCUAUGGUAGGUAUGGCUGGGGUCUUCGGGAUCUUCGGGAUAUCAGCAAUUUUAGAGGGUCUCUUUAUCUGGCUAGCACUACCCGAAACGAGAAACCGCACACUCGAGGAUAUCGAGGAUUACUUCAAGGAUGGAAAUGUGCUCUGGAUAAAGAGGAGGAGGAGCCAGAAGCAACAUCUCAUGAACGCAGAAGCUUGAUUAUAAGUUUUUAUUCCAUCUUUAAGAUGAAAAAAUGUGAUUUCUAGAAUUAAGGCUCUUAUUUGACGGUAAAUCGUAUUCAGAGGUGUAGAAAGACUGAUGAUCAAAUUUUAACUAGUGGUAAUUAAUGCGAGAGUUUAAUGUUUAGUAUAAACAAGAUUGUUCGGAAUUUAUCGAAAGAGAACAAAUUUUGAGUUUCAAAUGUUCAAAUUUGUACUUUUAGGUCGAAUACUAGGAAUAAAUAAAUCAAUAUAGCAUUCAA